GCGAUGUUUGGUACGCGUGGGUACCCGUAGUGCUGUGUUGUUGUCUGGCCGGGACAUGUCGGAUGCUGGAGGUCCGUGCGAAUCUGCUGUGACCAUGAGAGACGUACAGCUGCUAAUAGCCAAGAAGGAUGAGAUCGAGGCUCAAAUCAAGGCUUAUUAUGAUGUCCUGGAGGAUCAAAAAGGGGUUGGAAUGGAUGCGCCGUUAGUGGACAGAGAAGGCUACCCCCGAGCAGAUGUAGACGUUUAUCAAGUCCGUACUGCACGGCACAACAUUAUAUGCUUGCAGAAUGACCAUAAAGACAUCAUGAAGCAAAUAGAAGAGGCUCUUUACAGUUUGCACGCCCAUGAAAAGGAGAAGCGGAGCAAGGAUGAAGCAGAGGCUCAAGCAGAAGCUCGGCACCACCAGCAGCCUUUACCUGAAGCCUUUGCCAAAGUAGACACAGUAACUCCUGGAUCUCCAGCGAGUAUAUCAGGAUUGCAAGUUGGAGAUGAGAUUGUCACAUUUGGGUCAGUAAAUGCAAAUAAUUUCCAAACGCUGCAGAAUAUUGCCAGUGUGGUGCAACACAGUGAGGGGAAGCCACUGAGUGUAACUGUUAUCCGAGGUGGAAAGUCCAUCCCCUUAAGUCUUACACCCCAGAGAUGGAGCGGAAAAGGACUUUUGGGGUGCAAUAUCAUUCCAUUAAAAAGAUAAAGUUGGUGCCAUGAGGCGGUUUUGCCGGUGUUUUUGGAUUAUUUUGUUGAUCUGCAUUACCAAUAACUACAGUUUUCUGCAAUAUCCUGCUGUUAGAAACCGGAUUGCUGUUGACUUCACAUUGGCCUUAAUUAGGCUUUUUUUCUGCAUUUAGAUAUUUAGCUUAUUUCUAAGAUGAAAUAAAGUAAAAUUGACUUA